AUGCCACAGACCCAAAAAUCGAAUCAGUCAAAGACUGUCCCUCCGCCUGAUCCCCAGCAGAUUGCUUCCACUAACGAGACUGUCAAUAUGUUUCUUGGUGGUCGCACUCGUUCAUGGAUGACCGGGGGGUCAGUCGCUGUCACCAACCCUACGCCUGGUCCAGUAGCCUCCAGUAAUUCCCGAAAGCGGAUUAGAAAGAGAAAGGCAUCUGACACUGACACUGUACUCCUAACCCGGAACCAGAACGACAAUGCCAUACAACGCAACAAUAUCCUCUCCGAUCAAUCAUUAAAACAACAGCCGGGCGACGAAGAACUUACAAGAGCCUCGACCGUCCUACCCUCUCCGGCGCUGACCGACGCACCGAGCCCGAAUGUCUCGAAUCAAGCCGACUGCACCAAUCCUGCUACAAACUUUCACGUAGAGGGCGCAGCGCCCUGGCGGCCAGUUUCUGAUAGUAACAUGAACCAAGGCGACCUGAUACACGUCGCGACUAGUACUAGCUACCCGAACCAUACGGCCGCCAUUUCUCAUCAACCCGAGAGCUCAUCUUCGCGAAACACAAAUGCCACAGGAGCGGCAAGUCUCUAUACGGCGACCAGUUUUGCCCUGACUGACCGUGUUCCUCACUCAGCGGCUUCGCCGCAAGUCAACACAGAUGCCCGACAGCAGAACAUAAGCGCGUCUCGAGAACCAAGCGCAAGGACACACACGAGACCAUACGUCGCCAAUGAACACCAGGCUAAGCGCGUUCGGGUUCAUGAAGCAUCGGGGCCGGAGGAAUCAAGAGACCAUCGUAUAUGCAUACAAUGGUUCAAUGCAAUCGAGCGCCAGGUAGCAAACGCUGCUCAAGCUGGGCUUCUGAAUGAAACAGUCGAAAAACCUAGAUAUAGGAUCUUGGCGGAAGCAUGCCAGAACGGGGAUUUCUUUUACAUUGCUUUCCAUCAGGCUCUUUGUGCCUGGUCAUUAAACAAAGGUCCCAUUCAUGUGCUCUUCCAUGGGUUGGUUGAACAGGCUCUCCUGGAUGCUGCUUUUGACACGGCGCAGACUAUCUUAAGAAAGAAUGAACACAUGUCAACUGCUCAUCUACAAUGGUUCGCCAAUUUCCCGACUUCUAUCGCCGAUUUCUCCAGGGUGUUUCCGAACACAGCUGCGGCCAGAGAUAUUUCUGCGUUUCUUAUCCAACUGGCGUCAACCUGGCGUACUCUUUCACAAAAUGUCCUGGUACGGGGCUAUCCCUUGCUCGCAUAUGAGCUGAGCGGCGUUCUCUGCUGCCGGGCUCGAGGAUUGCAGUCCAUGUUGUUCACCAUGAGCCGCAGGAGCCUUGGCAUAGCAGACAGUCCGGUGGCAGUAUCCAUGAACGAAAUUUUCGAAAAGGACCGGGACGAUGAGGCUCUCUACGCCGCCCGUGGUGAGACCCCUGAGAAUUUGCAAAAUGCUCGGGAGACGGUCGCAAAAAAGCAAAAGGAACUCGUCAUGGCGUUUCAAAAACAACAACAACAGCAGCAGCAAGUCGCAUCCAAUACAACAUCAUCCCCAGCUUUCGGUCAAAGCACUUCCAUGGCUGAACAACGUAGUCGACCAUCAAUAGCUGCUCACUCACCCCAUACUACACACGCGGCCGCCUCAUCUCCUUCCCUUACACACUUCGACGUGUCGAGCACGAGACCUUUAAUAGGCGGCUCUCGAGUGGCAAGCCCAGCAUCAGUAAAUAAUUCCCUCCCUUCGCCAGGUAAUAAUGGUGAUCAAGGUCCACGACGACCGAAUGCCCUUCAUGUCCAGACAGACACGACAGUGGUCUCGCCUCCCUCCGCUGUCUAUCCGCCCCCCCGAAUCCCUCAACUUCCACUGCCCAGAUCAUCAAGUGCUGGAUUGCACCGAAUACAUUCAAAUCAUGGGUCCCCUGUCACAGCACCGAGUCUUACCUUGCCAUCCAAUCGUCAAUUGCGGACACCCAUUCUACCAUCAAACAAUUCUCUGCUUCAGAGACGAGCAACCUCUUUCGCAUAUCCAUCGCAAGCACUUCCCAGUAAUUCCGGGACACACAUGGAAAACCAGGCGAUGUACCCUCAGCCUGCGGGGUUUCAAAAUGCUGUCAGCCCAGUUUCGACGAUGCAUCCCCCACAGCAUCAAGUGAUGUCCGCUCAGCAGACGCAGCAAACACAUCAGAUAAAUCAGACAUAUCAGACACAGCAAACACAGCAAACACAGCAGCGCAGGGCCUCUGCCUCCCAAUAUAACAUUACGACAGCAACGUCACCGAACCAUGCCUACCCAGCCCAGCCAAUGGGAUUACGGAUCCCACCAUACCGAAUACCAGUUACUGACUACCCAGGUCCUCCAACACGACCAAUUGCGCAGAUACCCGAGGCGGAGUAUCCUUCUAGCCCAUAUGGCCAUGGCUCGCUUCAGGUUGGCCUUCAGCACGUCGGUGUGCGUAGUCCAAGGCGUGUUCCCUUUAAUCCCGGGAAAAGCCGUUAUUACCAAUUUGUCCGGCAGCUUGUGUAUCAACCUGUAGCCCUGGAGCCCAGAACGGGCCUACGGUCCUUACCUUUCAACGUGUCAGAGGAUCAUAUACAAAGACUGACAAGAAAGAUCGAGGGAAACGGUCUUCCAUUCUGUCAUUACUCUGAAGGGUCUUAUCGUUACCGACUACGUAUUUGUAUGCAACCAGAGACAAAGCCGGACCCUUCCGAGUCGGAUUGGGUGAUAUCAGCCACAUCUUGGCCAAAUCACAUCUUCUUUGACAUAAACCAAAAAUGUCUGGAACUGCGUCGAAAGCAGCAUUUCAGCAAAGACCAACCAUUGGAGUUGACCGACUUCUUGGUCCAAGGCGAAAACAUUCUGAGGGUCAGUUUCCCUGCUGUAGAGCAAAAUCUGAAACCGGGAUACAAGUGCUUCAUGGCUAUCGAAAUAGUUGAGACAAUCAGCCAUGACGCUGUCCAUAAUGUGAUACAAUCGCUGCGACAUAUUCCGGCAGAAGAGACAAGAGAUAAAAUACAACGUCGCAUUCGUCCACCAGACUCGGAUGAUCUCAUUAUUGAGGACGAUACGUUAACGAUAUCUCUGGCUGACCCUUUCAGCGCGACCAGGUGUGUAGUUCCUGUUCGAGGCAGUCGGUGUAAGCAUCUCGAGUGUUUUGAUUUGGACACAUGGCUUCAGACUCGGCCUCAGAAGCCAACACAAAAAGGAGGUGGUUCACAACAGAAGGGAGAUGAGCCUUCGAUGGCGGACGCAUGGAAGUGCCCAAUAUGCGGACUUGAUGCGCGUCCUGUUAGUCUCUGGGUGGAUGAGUAUCUUGCAGGGGUGCGUAAGUCUUUGCUUGGUAACGGUGAUAUGCGGACAAAGAGCAUUGUGGUGACGGCCGAUGGAAAAUGGUCUGCGGUAUUGGAACCAGAUGACUCGGACGACGAUUCACCAGCGCCACAAUCUAGAGAUACUGUCAACGGUGAUGCUGGUAAACAUUCCAGACCAUCCGUAGCAACGCCAACAAACGUUAUCGAGAUCCUGGACGACGACUAG